UCAUUUACCACAGCCAUUUUCUGUUGUCCUGAGCACAAAUGACCAUGUUGGGAACGAACCUGGCCAGUGUGGGAGAGGGCUGCUGAAGAGGCAGGUGACAAGACAGUGUCUGUGCCUAGGAUGGGCAAAUGUUCCUAGCACUGGAGGCCCUGCUUCUCCACGUGCAGUCCUAAAGAGCUGGGUGUCCUGCUGCCCACCACCGCACCACACAGAGGCCAUGUACUCUGGUGAACAGUGGUGGGAUGUGAAAUGGCUGACACAGCUCUGGGCACUGGCACUUUGCCUUUCCUUUUGCCUCUGCCGUUUUCCACCAGGGGGGCCCCUUACCUGGCCAGGAGCAUCUGGAGUGCCAGAAUCUUGAUGGGGCUGAGGAAACUCCCACGUCCUGACUACUAUGGGAAGCUUGGCAUGUGCUGCUCCUGUGCUCCCUUGUCCAGAGGCAGAGGGGAAAACUGUGCGUGUUAGAAGAUGGGCGUGAACCUGACCCGAAGCAACAAGGAGACAGUGCGACACAGUGAUGUCCUGUUUCUGGCUGUGAAGCCACACAUCAUCCCCUUCAUCUUGGACGAGAUUGGCGCUGAUGUGCAGGCCAGGCACAUCGUGGUCUCCUGUGCGGCUGGCGUCACCAUCAACUCUGUGGAGAAGAAGCUGAUGACGUUCCAGCCAGCCCCUAAAGUGAUUCGCUGCAUGACCAAUACACCGGUGGUGGUGCGGGAAGGUGCCACGGUGUACGCCACUGGCACCCAUGCCCUGGUGGAGGAUGGGCAGCUCCUGGAGCAGCUUAUGAGCAGUGUGGGCUUCUGCACCGAGGUGGAAGAGGACCUGAUCGACGCCAUCACUGGACUCAGCGGCAGUGGGCCUGCCUACGCGUUCAUGGCUCUGGACGCGCUGGCUGACGGCGGGGUAAAGAUGGGCUUGCCACGGCGUCUGGCAGUCCGACUGGGGGCCCAGGCCUUGCUGGGAGCUGCCAAGAUGCUGCUGGACUCAGAGGACCAUCCAGGCCAGCUCAAGGACAACGUCUGCUCCCCCGGGGGAGCCACCAUCCAUGCCCUCCACUUCCUAGAGAGUGGGGGCUUCCGCUCUCUGCUCAUCAACGCAGUUGAGGCCUCCUGUAUCCGCACACGAGAGCUGCAGUCCAUGGCUGACCAGGAAAAGAUCUCCCCAGCUGCAGUUAAGAAGACCCUCCUCGACAGAGUGAAGCUGGAAUGCCCCACAGUGUCCACACUGGCCCCCAGCAGCCCAGGGAAGCUCCUCACAAGAAGCCUGGCCCCAGGAGGCAAGAAGGACUGAGGUUUCCUCUCCUGAUGCUGAGUCUUGACCAGGGCCCUUGGCCCGCCCCUCACCCCUCCACCCCAGCUCUGCCCCAGAAGGGGCAGGCUCACAUAGGUCCAGGUCCUUAUGAUAAAAAUUCCUUAGAUCUGUUCAGGCCCGGUGGCACUGGCUUCUUCUCCUGUCCUGUGUUGAAGAUACUUUAAGAGGUGGCCACUGCUGGCUACCAGGCAGCCCCGAACAUAUUCUGUUGGCUGGGACCCUGGUCAGUGCCCUGCUGGUAAGACGGUUUAGGGAGAACACUAGCUGGAGUCCUCCAGCCUGAGCCCAAGACUGGGUCAAUUUGCCACCAAGGCGAGGAGGUGAGAGAAAGCACACAGUCCUCUGAAUUGGUAUGUGGAAACAAGUAGUAAGCUAGACCUGUCACAGCUAAGCAGAAGUGACAGAAUGGGGUUUUUGUUUAUGUUUGACUCUUGCUUCAUAGGUUUCCUGCUUAGAAAGUGUUGUUUAGUGCUAGGUUUAGCAGUUUCUUUAAUAAAGUUUAUUU